AUGGUUCCUGAAACAACGGGUUCUCCGAAUAUGGAUGAGCGUGUGCAAAUUCCGUUCCGUGUCGAUACAAAGGUGCCUCUCGUGGUUAAAGACUCCUCAAUCAAGUCCAACGAUGUUGGCAUUUUCGUUCAAGCAGCCGUAAAAGAAGCAGACCUCAUCUUUAAAGUCAAGAAGCCCUUGCUCAACAUUGUUAACGAUGACGAGUCCGCUCUUUCAAACACAUGCGAUCAUUGUUUCGCGGUAAAAGCAUCCUCUAUUAGUUCGCAACAUACGUACCCCCCAGAUACCAAGGCUGCCAAGGGUCCUUAUAUUGAUGAUGAUUUGCUCACUCUUAAACGAUGCGGAUCAUGCAAGGUGUACAGCUAUUGCAGCAAGUCAUGCCAAAAGAACGCAUGGAAGGAAUAUCACAGAUUUGAGUGCGCAGCUCUUAGUACUAUUAAGGGCGUUGGAGAAGCGGCUAGGGCAAUUCUAUUCAAUCGAGAAGGACGGUUCUUGCUUCGUCUUCUGAAACUGCGAGAAAACAAGAUGUUAAAUGAGGAAGAAUGGAAGGAAGUCACCUGUCUAUCCACCGGGAAAGACGCUUUGAUUUCUGAACCUAGCUUUCGCCGCAUUGCGACUGCUUACGCCGAAAACUUUACUGUCAUGAAAAUUUCAACUUUAGGACAGGAGGAGAUCCUGGAUCUUUUUUGCAUGAUGCAUCAAAAUCAAAGACGUAUGGCGACGGCACUCGUGAGAGACCAUGAUGCUUUUUUGCCGCAAAUGCCUGCUGUCUUGGAAGUGGGUGUCACACUAGAGCCUUUCACAUCGAAGAUUGCGCACUCAUGCAACCCAAACUCUUGGAUUUUGAAAAAUCUCGAUAUCUCGAAACCAAAGUUAUCAUCGACACUCAUGGUAAACAUCCAAGAUAUGAUUAAAGAAUUCCAAAAGGAGGGUCACGGAUGGAGUUCUCCGUCAAUGCUUUUCCUUUACCAAAGUACGCUGCCACUACUCUACGCAAACGGUAAUUUCGCAGAGUGUCUCAAAAUCUGCCUCAAGAUUCGCUACAUCAUCGAGCCGGCGCAGGUUCCGCCUAUUCAUCUCAGCGCGAAAAUAUCUACGCUUCAAAACCUGCUUGCUUGUAUCAGAAUGCCUACGAAAGCGGGAGAAGAUAUCGCUUGGUCUUGUACCGCUGUCUCCUUCCACCUCCAGCGGCUACUGGCUAGAGAUGCUUCCCGUUGUUAUGGUGUAAACUCAGCCGUUGCGGUAAAGGAGGAGUUCAGAAACAAUCGUCUCAGACAAACCUUUACCGUCAUUGCGUCAGGCUUAGACUUUCAACAUCCGGUAAUGAGCUCUGGCAUGAAACUAGCCCCUUCUGAAUGGCAGGACUUCCUAAACACUCCAUUACACAACAGUGAUAACGUGAAGGUCAAAUUUCUAUCAAACAUGAAUCACCUUCUGAAAUGGGCUGGGUUACCUGAGCUUAGCGAGAAAGAACUUAUUUGA